AUGGGUUCGUACUUCAACGGGGUCACCGCUGCCCUCCGAUUUGCCAAGGACUACACUGUAGCUGCAGGUGCUUAUCUUCUCGCCUCUAAAACUCACAACCCUCUUGUCAUUCGAAUUCUUGGACAAAAUCCCGGACCUUUCACUUUGCAAGGCACUAAUACUUAUCUCGUCGGAGCUGGGAAGAAGAAAAUCCUGAUCGAUACCGGCGAACCGAACAUCAGUGAAUACGUCACUCUACUUAAAGCCACGCUUGAGGAGGAGCACAGCGAGAUUGCCUCUAUUAUCAUUACACACUGGCACAAUGAUCAUGUUGGUGGCAUUCCCAACGUCAUCAAGGAGAUUAUUGGUCAUGAGGUUCCAAUUUAUAAAAUGCGACGUGGGUCUGCGGAAGAUCCCUCGCAAUUUCAAUACGUAAAUGACGGGCAUGAAGUACAUGUGGAAGGUGCUACUUUAAAGUUCGUUUUUUAUAUUCACGUUCAAUUAUUUUGUGACAAGGUAUUAUCUAUUGAAUCGUUCAGUGGCGACUGUAUUCUUGGCGAAGGUACAACUGUUUUUGAGGAUCUCCAUGAUUAUAUGCAAAGUUUGGACAAGAUUAAAGGGCUUCAUCCAGAACGAAUAUAUCCUGGUUUGUUCCUCCAGAGCUUUCCAAAGCACUUUGUUUUGUGUGGUAUGCAUGCUUCAGCGGAUGCUUAUGAGGCACAGUAUGGUACGGGGUUACAUCAUAAAUAG